GCUAGUUUUCAAAGGAUUUUGGGUUGGCUCCCAAAUACAGAAAGUGGGAAUGAUCAAUAAACAAUAGUGACAACUCUGACACACCAAAUGUUUUAGAGUGUCCACUUUCUCCAACGUCUCUCGCUCUCUCUCUCUCUCUCAAGUACGAAAGACUAUUGCUUUCUUCAAUUCACUUCCGUCAUUAUCAUCAUCUUCAUCUCUGUAAGCUGAAGAUAAAUGGGAGAUGUAACAGGCAAAACCAAUGGCAGUACGGUCAAGAACAAAGCUGGGAAGGAAACUGAAAAUGGUCAACCAAACAUGGAAGUUAUUUUUGGGGAGAUGCUAUGGGUCAAGCUUGAUCAAGGUUCAUGGUGGCCUGCACAGGUUGUUGAUGAUAAUUCGAUAAGUUUGGCCUAUAAACCUAGCAGUAAAGGAUCAAAGAGUGAUGUUCUUGUUCGAUUAUAUGGAAGUUAUACGUACAACUAUGUAGACAUUCAUGGUUCCCGUGCCGAGUUUAAGGAUAUCCUAAUGAAAAAGAAUUUCAAUUACGAGAGCAUUUUCAAGGAAACUCUGGAGCAGGAUCUUCCAAGCUUAAAAUCCAGCAGAUCAAAGAAGCGACAGUCUAAUUCCAAAGACAGCUAUUUUUUUCUGAUCAAGUGUAUGAGUGUAUCUGAGCUUGGUAUUGAUAAUGUCGUAUGCUUAUCAUCACAGGAUCACAAAAGGAUAUAUCGGAUAAAUCCCAGGUUUCAAGCAAAAAAUUUAAGUCUGCUGAAUCUGAACCUCAAACUCCAGAUACCAAGGCAAAUGGGGUGUACAAUGAACCAUCUUCUGCAAACAAUGAAAGCAGUGCUCGUCGACUGAAGGUGAUGCAGAUUCUUGGUUUAGUUGCUCCGUCAGGAUCCCCCUUCCCUCGAAGAAUUGUGAAUUAACUGUUCAAUCUCAUUUUCUUCUAACCCGUCUAUUGCUUCUAACUCAUUUUGAUAACUAAAACGUGAUGAUGAUGAUGAUGACGACGAUGAUCAGCAUUGAAUGAUUUCAUGUUUUGAGGCAUGUCCUGUAGAUGCUAAUAUCUUUUAGCUGCUUUAUGCAAGUCUGAUUUUCCUUCUAAUAUUAUCUUGUUAAGAGAUGUUUUAGCCUUUUAGGUGUUUGAUUAUUAUUCCAAUGUUCAUUGGUACGUGUUACGACGAAUCCAUUCUGUUCUUUUAACGAGACCCGUUGGUUUACUUGAACU